CACCCUCCCUCACCAUCACUCUGGUUCCGAUCAUCAACCACACAACCUCUGUAAACAUGCGUAUCCUGGCUGUGACUGUGGUGUUGGCCGUGAUGGCUGGUGUUUGUUAUGGUGGACUAAUUGGUGGCCUUGGUGGCUACGGUGGACAUGGUGGGCUUGGAGGCCUUGGUGGCCAUGGCGGAUAUGGUGGCUACGGUGGCCUAGGUGGACACAGUGGAUAUGGUGGUUUAGGAGGUCUUGGAGGUUUGGGUGGUCUUGGUGGCUUGGGCGGUCUGGGAGGAUUUGGCGGUGGAUUUGGCAAAGGAUAUGGAGGAGGAGCAGGAGGAUAUGGAUCAGGAUUUGGAGGAGGAUAUGGAGGCGGAUAUGGUGGACAAGGAGGACACACCUUCGUGCUGAGUAAGAGCCACGGAAGUGAAGGAGGAUAUGGUGACCUGGGCGGAUUCGGUAAAUUUGGAAAAGGAGGAUAUAAUGGAUUUGGUCUGGGUGGACAAGGUGGAUUUGGAAAGCUUGGUUUUGGCAAAUAGAGCGUCUGAUGUUACUGUCCUGACGAAACUCACUUCCGUCUUCAGUACCUCUUAUAUUUUCUUUAAUAAAAUAACUGAAAGAAG